GGAAUACUAAUCUCUCUGAGUGACGGAGGAAAGCAGGCGGACAGGUACAGGGCGCUUAGCCUCGGGACUCACAUCCGCGUCAUCAUCCUCACUCUCUGACGCCCCACAGUCCAUCCCCGCUCUGGGCCACGGGAAAACCGCCGUCUCUUCUCGCCACAUUUCUGACCCGGUCGACACACACGCGGAAACAAAACGCCCACCGUUGCGUCUCUCCGGCUCAUCAUGAGGAAGGGGCUCCAGGGGAGCCAGACCGCUCCUCACACGGGGGAGACGGAAGAGGAGAAGACGGAGGGGAGGCGUCACGGGGAGCCGGGGCCGGGGAGGACGGAGAAGAAGCUAGCAGCGUUCUGGGUGUCCUUAUCCCAGAGGACGUGGAUGUUGUUCAGGCCCCGCGCGGGCGAACGCGCCAGCUGCUUCCAGCGGAGCUCCUCGGCAGCUCGUCUGCUAAAGAGCGAGGCGUGAGGAGUGUGUGUGUGUGUGUGCGUGUGUGUGUGUGUGUGGGUAUUUGGGUCUGUCUGUCAGCGUCAAAAGACACCUCUCAGACUGUCUUAUCUGGAGCCCCCUUAUCUGCCUGUGUGUGUCUGAGAGUGUCUGUUUGUGUGACCUCCACACAACAGUACAAAAGCAGCCAGUACGUUUUAUUUGUUGUGGGGCCAUAGCAACGUUAUCUAAAGACAGAGGGACGAUAGAAAGGGAGAGUGAGAGAUAGGUGAAGGACGAGGUUAACGAGGGAGGCUGGUGAAAUGCCCUCUUCGCCAUAUCUUGGCUCCCACCGGACUCUACAGCACAUGGGGAAAAUGAUAUUCUGCAGCUCACCUGUUCCUCUUACGUCACAUUCAGAAUAUUACAGCAGCAGACUGUCGCCCGGAAGGCUCUGAAACACGCCAGCCUCGGUGGAUCAGUGCUGCCCUCCGCCCUCUUUAGGCGUGGGCCAAAGCCAGGCUUGCCUCCCCUGAAGCAACUUUCAUUCCCUUAACCAAGCAUGGAGGACUGGCGGACAUCGGUGUGAUAAGGGCAGCUGUUGCUCGGUCAAGGCCUCCACUCGUGACUUCCCAGAGGGGCAUGGGAUGAGAUCAUGGUGGUAACCCAUCUGGAGCUGGAGCUGUGCUAUCAGGGGAAGAAACUAAGGGGCUUCACCUGUAGACUGACCCGAUCCCCGAAAGGCUUCCUGCCAGAGAGUGCCUGGCUAAUCGCGGCACAGAUCCUUCUGCCCUACCUGGUGUCCGGCCUGGGCAUGGUGGCCGCUGGCAUAGUCAUGGAUGUGGUGCAACAUUGGGAGGUGUUCAGGGAGAUCACAGAGGUGUUUAUCCUGGUGCCAGCACUGGUUGGACUGAAAGGCAACCUGGAGAUGACACUAGCCUCCAGACUGUCUACAGCAGCCAACAUGGGGCAGAUGGACGACCCGAAGCCGCGUUGGAGGAUGGUGUUCAGUAACCUGGCUCUAAUUCAGGUCCAGGCCACCGUGGUGGGCUGUCUAGCUGCCGUAGCUGCAGUGGGUUUAGGCGCGUUGACCCGGGGUCGCGUGGACCCGGUGCUGGCCGCUGUCCUCUGCGCCAGCAGUGUCACUACGGCCUCUGUGGCGGCCCUCUCCUUGGGCCUGGUGGUGUUUGGGGUAAUAAUUGGCUCCAGGAAAAUGGGCAUCAACCCUGACAACGUGGCAACGCCCAUCGCCGCCAGCCUGGGUGACCUCAUCACCCUCUCUCUCCUGGCCGGCAUCAGCAGCUUCCUCUUCCAGUUCAAAGAGAUCUGGUGGCUGCCUGUUCUGGUGUGUGUCUUCUUCCUGAUUCUCGUCCCGCUGUGUGUGGUCAUUGCCCAGCAAUCUCCACCAAUCAGAGAGGUGCUGAGGUCUGGCUGGCAACCUGUCAUCGUGGCCAUGUCCAUCAGCAGUGUUGGGGGCUUGAUACUGGACAAGACCGUGAGCAACCCCAACUUUGAGGGCAUGGCAGUUUUCACCCCUGUAAUCAAUGGUGUAGGAGGGAACUUGGUGGCCAUCCAGGCCAGCCGCAUCUCCACCUACCUCCACUACUGGAGCGCGCCUGGAACUAUGCCCCCCAAGAUGACUCAGCCCUGGCCUGGCCCCUGCCUGACCUUCUGUUCCUCAGGGGUCAAUUCCAAGUCGGCCAGGGUUCUGGUCUUAAUGGUGGUCCCGGGCCAUCUGCUCUUCCUGUACAUCAUCCACCUUCUGAAGGGAGGCCAUAAUGCCCUUACGCCUGCCUUCGUCUGCCUUUAUCUGUGUGCGGCGCUGCUACAGGUGGUGAUUCUGCUGUACAUGGCUGAACUGAUGGUGUGCUGGAUGUGGCGACGGGGUCUGGACCCAGACAACUAUUCCAUCCCGUAUCUCACAGCUCUGGGGGACCUGCUGGGGACCGGCUUCCUGGCACUGAGCUUCAGGGCUGUCCUGUCGACUGCGACAAAGGGGGACUGAAUGACAGCGGACCUAGCUUGGGACCUACCUGGGCCCCUGACACGUCGGCCUGUUUACAUCCAACGUGGUCUCAUUUAAAUAUGUAAAAGCUGUGGACUUUUGUGGAUGUACACCAAAUGUGGCAUGGUGUUUGUGGUCCAGUUCGCCCAUAAAGUGCUCUGUUCAGGUCACACAGUACUUAAUGCUGGAAUUUAGAGGUUCGAGAGAACCGGAAAAGGUAGAUGAGAUAAAAGGGGAUUAGGGGAAAGAAUUUAAGACAAAAUGGAAAAUUGAGACUUAAGAAAAAGACUGAGGACACAUCUGGGAUUUCAGUCAGCAUGUUAACCGACAAAACGUGUCUAGGGUGAAUGUAGUAAAGAUUCACCAACGAAUCCUGCACAUGUAAUUCCACUUUCAACAGGCACAACCACCAAGCUUGACUUUACACAGUCUCUAUGUACGACAUGAAUGCUAACAAGUGAGUGUCUGUAUACUGUAGCUUGACAGGCUUUGAGCACAAACCACACAGAAGCUAACUCUUAAGAUGUGCUCUUGGUGUCUGGAAAUGCUUUAGUGGUAAAACAGCAAAUGCACUGUAUUGAAGCAAUAACGCCUGUGCUUGUUUGCCUGUCUUGACCUUUAACCCCAAUGCUUGAAAACUUAGCUUGAUGAGAUGUCACAGUCAGUGUACUACUACACCUACUAGGCGUACACAAUAUACUAAGUCCAUUGGCGAUAUAGGGUUUGUAUGGUGAAAUACAGUUGCUGUUUUCAUUUGUGCCUUCAGACUGUUACCAAACUACAGGAAUCAUGCAUUUGAUUUCUUCAAAAUAUUAGUUAUUUCAUUAGCAUUGUUGCUAACUUGGCGCUUAGCCAGCUGCAGAUAGUUUGUUUGAAAAAGUGAAUGUAUAAUGUAUGCAACCCAAGAUGUCCAGUGGAAGUAUAUUACCCACAUUCCUAAAUGAACACACUUUUGUGCAUAUUAUCUUCAAAAUAAAUGGGGCCUUCUAAAAAAAAAAAAAA